UUGACCCCAGUAUUAUGAUUGGUUAGUAGUAAAACACCUGUCCAAUCGUAAUUCAUUGAAGGGAAUUCUUCCGGAAGUAUUGGUGCUGGAGGAAAAACAAACCGCGCCAUCGCUCUAGACAACAUGUCUUCGGGUAACACGUCUUCGGGGAAGAGAAGGUUCACGAUAGAGGACAAGCGGCGGAUUCUUGAGCUGUAUGACCAGCUCCCUCGGAUGAGCCAAAGGAAGGCGGCGAAAAAACUGAACGUCGCUCCGACUAUGCUUUGGACGCUGAUCCAUAACAGGAGCUGCGUGUUAAAGGGCGAGAAGAUCAAUCGUGAAAAGAAUAGGUGGGUGGGCUACGGCAGGUCGCCGAGACUCGAGGCGAAUAUUUGGAAAUGGAUCGAUCAGAUGAGUUUAGAGGGAACCCCGAUAACAGAUCUGAUGGUUCACCGUAAAUCAAUGGAAAUUGCGGCUCGUAUGGGUAUCACGAGCUUCAGGCCGAGCCCCAGGUGGUACAGCGGCUUUAAGAAACGUGAGGCGAUCGUGCGUGAGAGGUAUCGCGUCUACCCCGAAGUAGAUUUGGACCAUCAGCCUGAUGAAGCCGGAUCCCACGACGUCAUCGCCCCCUGCUCUGUUUCUCCACCUCCUCUGGUUGAACCUCCCGAGGAACCGAGUGUGGACGGAACCCUGGAGGAACGUGUUCUAGAUACCACCGAGACAAAACACCUAUCUGUGGAAAACAGCCCCACGAUCUUUGUCAGCCACGUGAACGGCAACAUGCAGACUGUCACUGUGCCCUCACUUAACCAAAUGCAGGAAGCCAUGAAGACUUUGGCCACAGGCUUGUUAUAUCGAGGCUUUUGUGACUUCAAUCUCCUCCAUCGGUUUCAGAAAGAGGUCGCAAACGUUGUGAAGAGAUCAAUGGCGCAGGGCUGCCAGGACGGUUUUGUAGCCUGAGUGCAGUUUCUCGAAUACAUGCUGUCUCUUGCAUUUCCCUUCGAUUCUAGAGUGCACUUUUAACCCCCUGUGCCUUCUAUAGUGUGUUAUCUGAGCUCCAUCAUGUUGAAGUGCAUUAUGGGAUUACACUGACAGAUAUCCUGGAUAUACUUUGCAGUGUUUUUGGACAAGAUGGAAAGACUCAACAAUGAGUCCACUGUAUAGUUAAUAGGGCAUAAGUUUGGAAAUUCAAUGAAGCAACAUGUUGGACUUGACAGUUCUUGUACAUAUAUGGAUUGUAUGGAGUCCAUGUAUGGCCUAGUUUACUGCUUCAAGUGUUCACAAAGCUGUCCCUGAAUAAGUUGUCCAAAGCAAUGCUAUUGUUUACUUUAGGAUGUUUUUCAACAGCUAAUUUUUAAAACAUCAUGUGCGUACAUACUCAAAGCCUAUAUUAGGUGAAUUUUUCUUUGAUUUUUGAUUUUUAUUUUAUUUAACUGCAUUCCAUAGACAAAAUCUGACACUGUUGUUAUAUAGCUACACAUACUGUGAUUGCAUUGUACUGUGCUACUUAUAAGUCCUUGAUUUGAUAAAUGGAAAGAUUGGCCUGCUCCCCCCAGUCUCAAUCUAAACAUUGUUUUAUUAUUAUAUUGUUAUUAU